UAAGACUUUUCCAGUAUUUUUGAGACAUUUGAAUUUUUAAAUUGCAAAGAUAUAAUUACGGAAAAUAAUGUAAAAAUAUUUUACUAUAACACUUAAACACCUCCACUUAACUCAAGAGCGCCUACUAUGUUUUCAAGUGAUCCAAUUUCUGGAAAUAUUGAAACAUGAGCUCUCAACAACGGGCGGUAUUCAAAAAUUCAUCAGGAGGUCGGACACACACACAUUCUAAGCUCACCAUGCAUAUUCUAUGUGUCAUUAUUCUUGUUCAUGUUUCACAGAUAGACUCUCAUAAGGCCAUGUUCUCGCCAGAGUUCGAAAAUACUACAGCUGAUCCAAAUUCUAUUAGGACAUUAAAUAAUAUUCUAGAGUCUAUAAAUGAAAAAGUUGCUCAUCCGCCUCAAACUUCCCUAACGAGCGACUAUGGAGAUGCAUAUACUCUCAGCAAUGAAAAACACUUUUCGCUUUCCGAAAUGAAAGGAAGAACUUUAAAAAUGGUGGUUCCCGCAAUUGAGCCGCCUUAUGUAAACUAUGUGAACUUUUCCGACGCAGCAGUUACUGAUAAGGGUUAUGGCCCUGGAGUUGUCAUGGAGAUACUUAAAGAAAUAGGAAAACGUCUAAAUUUAACAUAUGAGAUAUUACCGGCAUUGGGAAGUACUUGGGGUGAAUAUCUCAAUGGAUCAUGGACAGGAGCAUUUGGGCAAUUAGUUAGAGGGGAAGUAGAUUUGCUCGCAGGAGGUGCAAUAAUGGAGUAUGAUCGAAGUGUGAUUGCGGAUUUAACGUAUCCUUUUCAAUUCGAACCAACAGGAAUAAUGAUAAGGUCUCCAGAAAAAUAUGAAGAUGAUACCCUUCUUAUUGUUACUGAGCCUUUCUCAUGGGAAGUGUGGGUGAUAACUGCAGCUGUGAUUUUAAUUUCUGGUGUCAUUUUUCUUGUGAUGACAAAUAUUAUUCGUAAGGUUUACGAAGAAAUGACAGUGACGCCAUUCGAAUCAAUUUGGGUAUUUUUCUCGAUUUUCGUUCAACAAGGGCUACCAGAACAACCACGAAGCUGGAGUUGUCGAGUUCUCGUUGCAUUGUGGUGGUUGGCAAGCAUUACACUCAGUGCCACAUUCACGGGAAGUCUGGUGGCUCUAUUCGCCGUUGACAAAACUAAUGUGCCAUUUCAAAACAUUGAUCAACUUGUGAGAUUAGUGAAACAGGGGAAAUUUGAAAUUGUAAUGGACGAAAAUUCCUUCACUCGUACUGAAAUGAUUGCACGUUCAAAACUUCCUGUUUACCGAGAUUUAUGGCAUGAGAUGAUAGUGAAUCAUAAAGUGAAAUACGUGAAUGGAAUAGCUAGAGGUGUUGCAUUUGUUCGAGCAAAUCCAGGAUAUGCACUUCUUGGACCAAUGGCCACACUGAACUUUUACGCGUAUUCCGAUUGUAAAGUGAUACUCUUUAAUGACGGAAUUUUGCCUGUUUACCUUUCCAUUCCUCUUGUGAAAAACUCAAUUUAUUCGCCGUAUUUCUCAACAAAAAUUCGAGAAAUGGUUGAACGAGGUUUCACACAAAAAUGGAUAGCAGACUACAGAUCCUACGUUGCUAUGCAGAAAAUAAAUGAGUGCAACUCUACCACCAUCGGUCCGAAAAGUUACUUGGAUUUGAAACGUGCCCAGGGAGCAUUUUGGGUUUUUCUUGGUGGUGCUGGACUUGGUUUAGCUCUUUUCGUUGGCGAGUUUAUAUUCAAAUUUUUCAGAGAAAAGAUGACGAAACACACGAAGACAACAACUGUGCCCCCAGAAGUUGCAACAGUUUCUGCGAAUGUAGCUGAAAACUCUACUAGUUUAGAUAUCCCAGAUGAAGUUCUGCCUUCUGCACCUUUACCGAGUGAAGAUGGGAACUGGAGUUUACGCCGUCGAAAUAUACUUAAUCUUUCUCUUGAUUUAUCAAAUAUCGCAAACUGAUGAAUCAAUCUGAUCUCUUCAAUUCAUUUUCCUAUUGAACCAUGUGGCUUUCCAAACGUUCGUAAUGCAAUAAAUCGAGAGUCUUCGGACCAA